GCUUUCCUAGCGGAGGGGCCGGUGGGGGAGGAGCAGGCAGGGUGGAACGUGGGUUGAACGUUGCACUCGUGGUGUGGAGCUCAGGCUGGAACAGGAGUUUGGAGGAAGCUGGUACGAAGAAGUGGAGAGUCCGCUGAGGAUAAAAGAGCAGACGGAAUAGUUUCCUUCGGCUGCCGAAGGUUCAUUGAAAAAUCCUUAGUGAUAUUGACAUGUUUCAAGUGACAUAAAUUAGCCAAUGACUCGGAAUGAUGGAUUCCCCGAAGAUUGGAAAUGGUUUGCCAGUGAUUGGACCAGGGCCUGAUAUAGGGAUAUCUCCACUCCACAUGGUGGGGUAUUUGGGAAAAAAUUGUGAUUCAGCUCAAGUCCCAUCAGAUGGGUAUUGCCCUGCUUGUAGAACGAAGGGAAAGUUAAAAGCCUUGAAGUCUUACAGAAUUAGUUUUCAAGAAUCUGUCUUCUUGUGUGAGGAUCUGCAGUGCAUCUAUCCCUUGGGCUCUAAAUCACUUAAUAACGUAAUUUCUCCUGAUUUGGAAGAUUGUCACACUCCAAAUAAGCCUCAGAAAAGAAAGAUCUUAGAAACCAACAGUAGCGAUUCACCUCUUUUAGCAAAUUCCAAAAAGACUAAAAAUCAUAUUGGUAUCGAUGGUGAACAAGUUUUGAACAGUAAACAUAAUGAAGAAGAACGUGACGAAACCUCAUCAGACGUACCUGGUUUACUACCCGACUGUCAGCAGAAUCCUGUUAGGACAGCUGAUUCCUUGGAGCAGAAUGAGAUUUUGGAAGCUGAUAUUGAUGUGGCCACUGAAGAAGAUUUUACUACAGUUGAUGCUUCUGCAACUGGAGGGUCUUCCCCUCAGAAUGAAGGAUGCACAUCUGAACUGGAAGUGCCAUUGGAGAGCAAACGUACCUCAUUUUGCCAGACUUCAUGUGUCCAGUGGAAAAACACACAUGCUCUCUGUUGGUUAGACUGUAUCCUGUCAGCAUUGGUGCACUUGGAGGGACUAAAAAAUACUGUGACUGACUUGUGCUCUGAAGAGGAAUCUGUGUUCAGGCGGUUGUUUACCAGGUAUAAUCAAGCCAAUGAGCUUCUUCUCACCAGUCAGUCAGAUGGAGUUAAAGGCGGAGAGUGUAAAAAACUUCAUUCAGAAAUAUUUCCGAAGAUAGAGACCUGUCUGAAUGAAGUCAGAGAUGAAAUUUUUAUUAGGCUUCAACCUCAGUUGAGAUGCACAUUAGGUGACAUGGAAAGCCCUGUGUUUGCAUUUCCUCUUCUCUUAAAAAUAGAACCUGACAUCGAAAGGCUCUUCACAUAUUCUUUUUCUUGGAAUUUUGAAUGUUCACACUGUGGACACAAGUAUCAAAACAGAUGUAUGAAGAAUCUGGUCACCUUUACAAAUGUUAUCCCUGAGUGGCAUCCACUUAACGCUGCCCAUUUUGGUCCAUGUAACAACUGCAACAAUAAGUUACAAAUAAGAAAAAUGGUAUUGGAAAAAGUGUCCCCCAUGUUCAUGCUGCACUUUGUGGAAGGCCUACCACACAAUGACCUGCAGCGCUAUGCAUUUCAUGCUGAAGGCUGUCUUUAUCAGAUAAGUUCUGUAAUUCAGUACCAAGCAAAUAAUCAUUUUAUAACUUGGAUUUUAGAUGCCGAUGGAUGUUGGCUGGAAUGUGAUGACUUAAAAGGCCUGUGUUCUGAAAGGCGUGAGAAAUUCAAAGUUCCUGCCUCAGAGAUACAUAUUGUGAUCUGGGAAAGAAAAGCAUCCCAAAUGACAGAUAAAGCAUCUGCCUCCCAGCCACUUAAAAAGCCUAGUGAUCAGCAUGCUUUCGGUGAUGAGAAACCAGCAUCUCCAGCACUGUGUCAUUUAGGCGAUGCCGCCUCAGCGGAAAUGGCCUUGGGAACUUACCCCACAAAUGUGUCCGUUGCUCCUAAUACUCUUUCACAGGAUGACGCCAUAGCUAUUGGACAUCAUUUACUUUCAAGUCCAAAAGGUUUAGCUGACAGUAUGUUACCUUUGACGCUGCAAGAAAUACAGGUUAAUUCUGAAGGAUUUUUAUUAGAAAAUAAAGCUGUGGCAGAAAAUGCAGGAGUUGUCAAAACAGAUACUUUGCAAUCUCAAGAAUCACUAAUAGCAUCUUUAGUAUCGGCUCCAUGCAAAGACAAGCUUACCCAAGACCAGCGUGUGGAUUUAAGCUUUUCAUCUCAACUUGUAAAUAUGAAGAUGCCGUCAAUACAGCCGAAUACAGAAGAUACUGUAGUUUGUAAACCUGUGAAUGGCAUUCAUGCUGCUGACCCUAUACAGGAAGUAACGUCAGUAGAAAUUGAGGGCACAGUUGCCCUAGAGAAAGAUGCUCCAUCAAAGCAAUUUCUUUCACCAAAAACUGAGAAAAUAAAACCAGAACAGCAUGUUACAUCUCAGGUGUCUGAUUUGAAGGAAAAAGAAACAGCAGCAUUUUCUCAAACCGUAACAGCCAAGUCAUUACAGAAUCCAGCUCUGAAAGAAAAUCAGAAGAAACCAUUUGUGGGAAGUUGGGUUAAAGGCUUAUUAAGCAAGGGUGCUUCUUUUAUGCCACCGUGUGUUUCAGCUCAUAAUAGAAACGCUAUAACUGAUUUGCAGCCUUCAGUUAAGGGGGCGAGUAAUUUUGGUGGCUUUAAAACUAAAGGUUCAAAACAAAAGGCUAACCGGGCAUCCAGGAAAGCUCCCAGGUGUGCAGGUAAGGGCCCUCCAGUUAGCACCCCUCCACCCAGCCAGCCAUCAGCAGUCAGCCCAGCUUCUCUGCAUGGUAAUGGUCACGUGGACCUUUUGAAGAAAUGUGAAAACGCCUCAUACGGCUCGCACCUUAACCACAGCUCUCAUGGAAGUGAAAAUGGUGUUUCUUCAGCCAACCACAGAGACUCAGCUGAGGAUCAGGUUCAUAAACUUCGUCUAAAACUGCUUAAAAAACUUAAGGCUAAAAAGAAGAAAUUAGCUGCUCUUAUGUCUUCCCCCCAAAAUGGAGCGCUUGCAGGUGAAAAUUCAGAGCCCGUGUCCCACUGUGGGUCUCCAAAUGAUUGUGAAUCAAUAGAAGACUUGUUAAAAGAACUACAGUAUCAGAUUGACAUUGCCGAUAGCAAAUCUGGAUGCACCACAGUUCCUAGUGUUUCCCCGUACAGCGGUCAAACUCACGAAGAAAUUUUAGCAGAAUUACUGUCCCCUACAACUGCUGUUGCAACAGAGCUCUCAGAACACGGGGAGGCUGACUUUAGGUAUUUAGAAAUGGGAGACAACCACAUCCCAGCACCAGAACCUAAUGAAUUAAACAGCAUUCCCCAGAACACACAUCUGAGACAGGACCAUAAUUACUGCAGCCCCACCAAGAAGAGUCACUGUGAAGUGCAGCCAGACUCACUCACAAAUAAUGCCUGUCUUAGAACACUGAACUCAGAAAGUCCCAUGAAAACUGAUAUCUUUGAUGAGUUUUUUUCUCCUUCAGCAUUAAACUCUUUAGCAAAUGACACAUUAGACUUACCUCAUUUUGAUGAAUAUUUGUUUGAGAAUUGUUGAAUGUUUGUUAACUCUUUUUAGUUUAAUAUUUAUUAUUACUCUGGGAAAAACCUGUGUUUUUAGGUAGUGUUUGUACAACUGGCCUUAUCAUGAAUAAAAUGUGAGCUACUGGAAGGUUCUGUAUACCUUGGGUUAGGCCCAUGAAGCAUGUGAUCUGUUUUACAAAUUUAAAUGAUCAAGAAUUUGUUCCUUUUUGGCUUUAUUCUGUAUUUGUAGAAGAGUGAGGAUUUCAGAGUGUUAACAGUGAAAAGUAGUGUAUAGUUUCUGGCAGUUUGUGUAGUUGGGGACACUAAAUUUCUGCAUUGUCAAUCUUAGUCACCUUGGUUCAGGGAAAACACUCGUUGACACAGACUUAAGUUACUGUAUAUGAUACAUGAUGUGUGACUUGUUUUGCUAGUGGUUCUGUGGUCCCAUGUAAGAGCCUAAGCCUGUUUCUCCCACCAGUAGAGUGUGUAGAAUGAAAACGUCUUCUCCGUUUCCAUUUGUCUCCUCUUUUUCUCCUUAGAAAAGAUGGCAGGACACUUGUUACUAGAACUUUACAUGAUGUUAAGUGAUCAAAAAAUGAUCUCUUAACAGGAAAAAGUAAUCUAUUUUUGUGUUGAUGUGUUAAGAGUUUACAAGUAUCAUCAUCUUUCUCCCUCAAGAUAUUUAUUUCUGUAACAAAAGUGGGACACCAUCUAACAGGUAUAUUUUGGGAGAAGAUAAUAACCAGUGCAUAUAAGGCUUACUAUAUGUUGGGCUCUAUCAUAAAUGAAACAUUAAUUCAUUUAAACCUCAGCAUUUCUGCUAGCAGGGUGUUUUAUCAUGAGUAACAGAUGAGGAAACAGCACAGAGCUGUUGCAGAGCUGAGACUGGUUAGUCUAGCAGUUAGAAGUGCUCCACCUCUAGCUUCGCUUAAGUUUGGAUGCCCAAACAGCACUGCUGCUCUAGUAAUUUGAAUUAGUAGCAGCAGUUACUAAGGUUUAAGGGUGGCAGUCUUGGGGAAGAAUCCUUUGCUAGGCACUGAGCGCUUCAAAAUUCAUUUGUCCGAUUUACUUCCCAAUCUCCUCCUCCCCUUGUUUCUGAUUACAGAAGUAACCCAUGUUCAUUGUAAGGAAAAACCAGGAAAAUACAGAAACACCAGGAAGAUCUUGGAGCAUUCAUCUUAACACUUUUGCAAACAAUUUCAUUUCUCUCUGCAUAAAAGACUUUAAGAAAUAAAAAUGAGAUUCUCUUGUA